AAGGCACAGCAUAAAUACUCACAAGUUCCUCUUCUCUGCCUAUCAUGGGAAGAAGUGUUUUGCUCUCUUCUUUCCUCCUACCAUUUUCAUGCAAGAACCCGGAGGAGACACGUUGUCUCCUGGCCGAAAAGGAGAAUUCAUGAAAAGCUUGACAUGGGCCUGUUGAGUUCUAAAACUCCCAAAGUGAAGCAAGCCCAGAUUCUCCUUCUGGGCCUGGACUCUGCGGGGAAGUCCACCGUCCUGUAUAAGCUAAAGCUGGCCAAGGACAUCGUGACCAUGCCCACCGUGGGGUUCAACGUGGAGAUGCUGGAGCUGGGCAAGAGCCUUUCCUUCACAGUGUGGGAUGUGGGGGGCCAGGAGACGAUGAGGACCCUGUGGGACUGGUACUGCGAGCGCGCCGACGCGCUGGUGUACGUGGUGGACAGCGCGGACCGGCAGCGGCUGGAGGACGCCAGGAGGGAGUUCGAGCACAUCCUCAGGAACGAGCACAUCAGACACGUGCCGGUGGUCCUGCUGGCCAACAAACAGGACGAGCCGGGGGCGCUGACCGCCGAGGACAUCACCAGGCUGUUCCAGGUGCAGAAGCUCUGCUGCGACCGCAGCUGGUACGUGCAGCCCUGCUGUGCCAUCACCGGGGCGGGGCUGGCCGAGGGCUUCGGGAGGCUGACCGAGUUCGUGAAGAGCUACAUGCGAUCCCGGGCCGACACGUUCGCCUUCUUCAAGCAGAACUGAGGUCCGAGCGGGGGAAGGCCAAGUUGAAAAGCAACUGGGAGCUAAGAGCCUAAAGAAGAAGACUCUUUUCAUGGGCAAUUGUGAGACUUUAUACAUAGUGCUGGGCCAGGCCCUGGGAUGAAAGGGCAACAUCCUGGCCACAGGAGCUAGUCCCCUUGGCAGCCACAACCGCAUUCUCACAAGGGCCACUGCCUGCAGAAGCAUCCAUGCGGCUGU